AUGGAGGACACACCAAGUUUCAAGGCAAUCAGAGUAAUUGUGCGGAUUUUAGCAUACUUAGAGUCGAGCUUUAGACAGAAAGCUGGUCUGAGCCUUCACGAGAGCAGAGCGCCUCAUUUUUCUGUUCCUCCAUCUCUCUCUGCUCCCCUCACAGGCUCAGGCUCCCCCCGCUGCACCUUCCCCUUUAUUUACAAGGGGAGAUCGUACUCCUCGUGCACCACGGUUGGGCGCAGGGACAGGAAGCUCUGGUGCGCAACUACUGACAGCUACGCCAAGGACGGCCGGUGGAGGUUCUGCUCUCCCAUGGGUCCAGACUCUCUGCCCUGCACCUUCCCCUUUAAAUACAAGGGGAAAUCGUACUCGGCCUGCACCAGGGACGGAAGCACCGACAAGCAGCUCUGGUGCGCGACCACCAGCGACUACGACAAGGACGGCAAAUGGAAGUUCUGCACCCAGAAGGGUGAGUCCUUGAGCUCUGUGUCACGCUGCCUAGAGCGGGUCGCAGCUGAGAACGCUCAGACUCAGGACAGAUUGCCAGCAAACAGAGCAGACACCCCCAAACUGAGGGGAUAUUCUAUCAUUAGAUUCACCAAGCCAGUAAUAACAGAGCAUGCCUGGAUCACUAGGCUAGUUUUACCAUGGAAUACAGACAAUCCCCUUAACAUUUCAGCCCCUGUUUAUCACUCAGGCCAACUGAACUUUAUGGUGUAA